AUGCUGCGCCAGCUGUACAACAUCGUGUUCACAGGCGGCUUCACGCGAGUGGGGACUGUUCAGGCCCGAUUGGCCGAGAAUUUCUCCGUCCCUGUGGUGGACAAGCUCAUGGCGGACCGUGUCAUUCAACCCAAGAACACAAGUAGGGCAAUGUGCAUCAUCACCACAGCAUGUGUGCCCGAGGCGGCAAUUGACCUCCGCGACUUUCGCGACGGGUCAAAGCAUGCGUUGCAGUUGACGUUGGCACACGUGUUUAGCCCUUCGAUGGUUGACUUUGCAGUGAAUCGGCCCGACGAAGCCAUUUCCGCCGACACGUACCUGCAGACAACAUGCACACCGCGCCUCCACAAGAACUUGAUUGCCUUUUGUGCCAAACAGGCCAAGAAGAACGAUGGUUUGGUGAUUCCGCAGCCCAUCACCGAGUGCAUUAUUUCUGAUGGAUCGUUCAAUGUGGACGACGACGAUCACUCGGAAACCGUGGCGUUGACGGUAGUCUGCAGCCUGCCCUAUACGAACGAGCCGUACGAAAACGAAGGAAAUGCCGCCGAGUUGGAACAGCGUAUCGUUGCGGCCUCGGACAAGGAUAUUGACACGGCCAACGACGCCCCCGCUAAGCCAGCUGCAGAGUCGCCCAACACGGGGGGAACGCUGCAUGUUGCAGCCACGUUUCGAUCCGCUGUGGAUGGCGAAAUGGAUUGGAUACUGGAAGACCUGAAAAUCACAGGCACGAAACCAAUAAAGAUUGCUACCAAGGCGUAGAUCCCUCAAGGCAGCAAGCACAAUAUACCGAGGCUCGGCACGCUUGUAACGUUAAGAUGAACAUGAUUUUUGGCCUACUGUCCUAUGAAUCGAGACACGAAGCCACCCAAACAAUAACAGGGUGAUUUUUUGCAGCUGACAA